UUUUCAAUUGACGUAAAAAGUGGGUUUAAGAAGAACUUCUGUUUAAUACGGUGCUACCAUUUGUUUGCAUUGAUUAUUUUAUUUUCAAAUAUGUAUAGUUUAUAACAUUGACGCUAUUCGUCAGAGCGUUAAUGUAAUGUGGUGUGGAUAGAUAAUAUAAGGUCAAGUGAUAAGAGACUGACCGAGAGGAAGUUCAAAUGUUUUGUGAGCAGCUUCUGAGUAUAUAUUCGUAGAUAACGCGCAGCUGCACACAGUAGCUGACAUGAUGUGGUCUGCAGCAAUAGAAUCUUUAAUUUUCCUUGCUACAUUUACACCAAUUCUAGGAUCAAGAGGAGAAAUUUUUGACAUAACAACGGUUUACGAUGUGGGCAACAUUUGCAGAAACCUCUCCCUACUGCCCAUUGGUCCUAAUGAAGUGGACACAGGAUCUGCAAUUGAUAAACCAUGUGAUUCAAGUAUCAAAGGGCGAGUUCACGUUCGUACAAAUGCUUAUGGAUUACACGUGGAAGGAAUACCAGAAUCGGUAGGACUAUUGGCAUCCAAUAACAAUUGUGACCCUUCGCUAGAAUGUAACUGGACGAAAGACGGCUGGAGUUUAGAACCCUCCGAAGAAUUUGUAGAUAUGGAAGAACUGCAGGUCUACUCAUUUCAAGACCCAAUUAAAUUAAGGAUCACAAAUAUAAAAAAUAAUGGAGUAGUAUUUAUCUUCUUCACUAAUGGAACGUCUAACCUAAGGGAUGAGGAAAUAAUAUACUUAGUGAAAAAUUCGCAUUCAGAAACUUCAUGGUUUAAUGGUUAUGAAGCCCAAUUUUACAGUCAGUGCAUCUCAUCAAAAGUAGGAGAAAAUCACGGAUACACAGGCUACAAUUUUGAAGUUAAGGAUCGUGAUGGAAGUAUAGUUGGAGUUCAUUGUUCUCGUGCAGAUUCAGACUUUAACAUUGAUUAUACAAGUAUCAUUUAUAAUCGUGGAGACGAAUUAUACUUACAACCACUUUAUGGAGGCGACGUAUUGUUAACCACAAUCAGUGCGAAAUAUAUUUCAGUAUAUACAGUUUCACAUGACAGUUAUGUACAAUUUAAAAUUCCAGUAUUAUCAACAGAAGCACAAGACAGCGAGCUGACAAGUCCACUGAUCAAUACAGAUCGGGUCUGUUUAAUACUUGCUGUUCAUUACGGUAGGGAAAUCUACUCUGAACAACUUCAAAUCCUAACUGAGGACCUGUCUGGAGGCCGCCAGAUCAUUUAUACAGUUCACGAUGCAGAGGCUGGAUGGAGUGUUAUUCGUAUUAAUAAAACAUUGCAGACCUACCAACCUAUUAAAAUAAUAAUCAAGACACUGGACGAUACAAAAGUCAAAAUACGGUUGAUUAACAUAUGUGAUGCAGGUGGCGAACUUGUUGCAAUUCUGUCAUCUACAAGUUAUGGCAGUUCUUCUCCUCUCAGUAGUCUGCCAGUUUAUAAGGUGCAUCCUGAUAUGUUGCUGACAGAGCCCCUUCAAAUGCCAAUGCCCUUUACUGGCGAUAAUUGUAAAAACGGAGGUGUGUUUACGUCAGCUGGCUGUGCUUGUCCACCAGGUUUCAUGGGCACCCUUUGCGAGACAGGAUGUGGGCAGAACAGAUUCGGCCAAGACUGCGGAGGUGUGUGUUCUUUUCGGACCAAAAGGUGCCGAGGACUGGCGCUCUGCUCUCCGUUCUUCAAGUGCGCAUGCGCUCCUGGCUACACGGGAGGUGACUGCAACGAACAGUGUUCUACAGGAACGUAUGGAAACAGUUGUUCCCAAAAAUGUGGCCAUUGUUUAUCGGGCAAACCCUGCGACAUCUACACAGGAUCCUGUGAUGACUGCGAACUUGGGUAUCUCACCCCUCAGUGUUCUGAAGCUUCUGUCUACUACUCUCAAAAACCUGCGUUGUCAUAUGAUGACUACAGAACGUUGACAGUGUCUUUCUAUCCAAAAAAUGGGACGAUGGGGUAUGUGGGGUAUAGAAAUCCUAAACUCUAUCAAAUCCAAUAUAAAGAAGUGGGAGGAGAGUGGAGAACGUAUGUGAACAAGAUGGUGCCUAUCAAGUAUCACGGAGAAGUCGCAUUUCUAGAAGAUGAGGUUACAGAAGUAAUUGAAAAUCUAAAGGAUGGUGUAAUGUACGAAAUACGUGUUCUAUUUAUGGAUGCUAAACUUUAACAAGUACGACGGUGAACUGGUUCAAACCUCCAAGAUGCUGACCAAAUGUGACAGUUCAACCGCUGUGAGAGGGCUAAGGCUGACUGCUUCCCACAGCUCCUCCCUUCAGCUGUCCUGGCAGGCGCCUAUCGAAAAUGAGCACAGAAAACUGCGCUAUAUCAUCUCCUAUAAGUGUGUGAUCCAGUUAGCUUGC